GGAGUGCUGAGCUGUUCAACAUGGGUCCACAGCGCUCCCGUGAGGUCUGGGUCUCUCAUUCUCUUGCAAUAGAUGCCUAGGUGCUCAAGAGCCCUGCAUUCUGGAUAUUCCUUCUUGAAGAUCUUCCUGUACGCGGUUUUAAUAUCUUUAUUCACGUCCCACCUCAGUACACUCGUUAGAGCUCGCUUUGUCUUUCGUCAGGACCCAAUCACUGGCUAGCUUCAAGAUGUCUUCACACAAGCCCGCUAGCUCUCUUGCCUCGAGCCUUCCUUCCUUGCCAGAAGACGCUCAUCUGCGCCCAGGGAGUAUCAAUGCUGAGAGUGAUACCGCUUCUGCCAGUGGAAACCCAUUCGAGAGUCUUUACCAUCGGAGUACCCUCUCUUUCGCUACAACACUUCCCGGGACCCCUCAGAAUGAGGUCGACAAUGAAAAAACCGACUCUUUGCUCUGGGAAAAGAAAAUUUCAGUUGUUGGGGAAGCACCAGUUGUGAGCCAUCAAGAGAGGGUGAAGCAACUGGGUGACCUCAACACCAUGGUCGACGAGAAGCCAGAAUUCUCUGACCCUGAUGGUUUGAAGGUGCGCCGCGCCCAAAGACUCAUGAAGCUCCGCAAAUUUGCCUUUCAGUGCACCAUCUUCGGUAUCAAUGGCUUUCUACUCUUCGGCUCCUGGUGGUUCAAAGGUUAUCACUACGUUUUCCUACCGUUCAUCACCUACGGUGUCGCUUUAAACUUCACUGUCGUUAUUACGUUGCUCAUGUGGCUUGCCUUCCGUUGGUUUCGCCCUGAGAAGUACGACCCUGCUCCGGAGACCCCAGAAUCCCUCAUGCUCAUCAUCCCUUGCUACAACGAAAACGAAGAGGAAUUGCGGAAAUCGCUCGAUUCCCUCGUUGAGCAAAAGGGCAUCGAACAACACAAGCAGUGCGUUUUCAUCAUUUGCGAUGGCCGAGCACGUGGGCCAGGUAUGGACCAGACCACCGGCGAAUGUCUCCUCGACACGAUUCUGACCGAAAAAACCUCGCGCAUUCACAUGAACAACGCCUACAUGUCCUGGGACAAGGAACCGAUGGAUGCAAUUAUACAAAGAGGGACAUACCGGGGGCUGCCCUACAUGUGUAUCGUAAAGAUGACAAACAAGGGCAAGCGUGACGGCCUCAUUCUACUCCGAUCCUUCGCAUACAAGUUCAACCAGCGCGAACAUCGACCGACUACUGUGAUUUCGAACGCGAUGUUCGGAGAGAUGUGCUCAUUUGUUCUUGACGAUUGCGAGAUCGACAAAUUUGACCAGAUUGUUGGCAUGGACGCAGACACCGUUUUCGACCCCUGGUGUAUCUACUACCUCAUCAUAGAAUCGAGGCAUCCAAAGUGCUACGGCGUCUGCGGCGUGGUUUGGGUCGAUUUCAAGGAUGGUCCUUGGAACCCGUGGCGGCUAAUGCAAAACGCCUCCUACACCAUAAGCCAGGGACUUCCUCGCUUACAUCAGUCGAUCGUUACCCACAAAGUCUCUUGUCUUCCUGGUUGCUGCCAGAUCCUCAAGGUCUGUGAGGAAAACAAUGGCGAUCAUAUCCUACGAACGCUGUUCGGAUACUGCCCCAGCCCCACCGAUGGUAUGCUUAAGCACCUACGAGGCGCGUAUAGUGAGGAUCGCAACCACGUUUGUCACGUUCUCACUGCGUCACCUCACGUUCAAACGCGACAAUCCAUCCGCUCGGUUGCGUGGACUGACGUGCCAACUUCCUUAUCCGUCUUCAUGUCGCAACGCAAGCGCUGGUCUAUGGGCGCCACGGUAAACGACUUCCGCCUCAUAACCGCAAGAGGAACCCAAUGGUUUGAGCGCCUUCGUGCUUUCUCGAAUGUGCAGACAUGGUUCUGCAACAUAUUCAUCAUGGGCUCGAUCGCUGGACUAAUACAUGCCGCUCAACACGUUCCCUGGUAUGUCACGGUUGGCUUCCUCGGCGGUGUGAUCGUGCCGUACAUGUACAUGCUCACACUCGUUUUCUGGAUGCCCAAGACUCGUCAAGCGAAGUGCCAAUUCUUGGUAGGCGUUGUCAUCUACUUCUUCUCCGGACCGUUCCUCACCAUCUUCGUGUUGUUCUACACCAUGUGGCAUCUGGAUGCUUUUUCUUGGGGAAAGACCCGCCAAGUUGUUUCAGAGGACACUGACACUACGAACGGAGAGUCGGUCACCGAGAAGUCUUCGCGACCGGACACGCUCAACGAUGAGGAAGCCACCAUUGGUAUUGGUCGUGCUGCUUAAUUCACAUUGUAGCCAUAUUUAG